AUGAAGACCUUGAAACUCUUCAAGGGGAAAGUGUGCCCUUUUUGCCAACGCGUGACAAUCACGGCGAUGGAAAAAAAAGUCAAACUGGAGGAAUUGGAGAUUCCUCUCGGCGAUGCCAUGCCGCAGUGGUACAAGGAGUUGAACCCACGGGAGACGGUCCCAAUGCUUCAGGUGGAUGGGAAAACGUGCGUGUUUGAGUCUGAUCUUAUUGCAAAGUACAUUGACGGUAUUUCCUCUCCCGCGCCUGCGCUUGUGGGUUCAACAACCUACCAACGGUACCAAGUGGAGUUUUUCUUGAGCCAGGUUGGAGAUCUUAUCAGGGCGUAUUUCACUCUUCUCAGAGACCCCUUCAAUGCAGAGAAGCGAAAAUCAGUGGACGACAAUACCGUGUAUAUUGAAGGUAUCUUUUCAGAGAACCAGAGGACGGGGCCGUAUUUUCUUGAUGAAGUUUUUUCCAUGGCGGAUAUUAUGCUGAUUCCAUUCCUCGCCUGCUUCAAGCCGGUACUAAGUUACUAUUCUGGCUACGACGUCUUUCAAAAGGCUCCUCGUAUAAAGAAAAUGUAUUUGGCGGCUCUGCAACGUCCGUCUGUGAAGGAGACAAGCCCAACACCAGAAGAGUUUAUUGCUGCCUUUAAGCACAAGGUGCCACAAUCGCACCCCACAUGGUCAUUGGCUCCAGGUUAUGUGCUGUUUUCUAACAGGGCAUGUCCCUUUGCUGAUCGCGCCCGUUUGGCAUGCGCCGUGAAAAGCGUUAAGCUUCCCACCUUUGAAAUUGAUUUGAUGAACAGACCCUCAUGGUAUCCGUGGGUUAACUCUCAGGAAACUGUGCCAUCGCUGCUUACACCGCAGGGCACCUAUAUUUAUGAGUCUCAACUUAUUGUUCAUUAUAUCGAUGGAGAGUUCCCAAAGUCUGGGCCUGCACUUCUUCCCAAGGAUGCUGAUGAGGCGUACUUUGUCAAUUUCGUUGAAUCUAAUGUGGGCCACUUCGUUGGUGCAAUGUUUUCUUUAUUGCGGAAUCCCAAAAACAAGGAUGCGAAGGAAGAGCUUGAAUGGGCGUCUGGGGAGCUCGAGAAAUUGUUGGCAGAGCAGCGGCUUGGAGCGGGUCCAUUCUUUGGUGGAGCCACCAUGAACGCUGCCGAUAUUGCUCUUCUGCCCAUGCUGGUGCGUAUGAAGGCCUGCACUCCAGCUAUGACAGACGGUUAUGACUUGUUCGCAAGGUUCAAGCUCUUGGCUGCAAACUUGGAGGCGGGUAUGAAGACUACGGCAGGCAAAGAGACCUUUUUGCCCCUCCCGGAAUACUUGCGGGCGUUUCAGGCAAAGUUUCGCCCCUCGUCUUGA